AAAAACACAUCAUUCUUCCUCUUCUAUAUGUUCUCAAUUCUCAAUUGAAAUUAAAACCAGAACCGAAUCGGAAACAAUGACCAGUGGUUGUGGUAGGGUUCUUCGGCGAUUGGUAAGAUUAGCACAAUCGGAGACGAAGAGGAACAACAAUUCUCUCGUCUUCAUACCUCGCCGCCUCGCCGCCGCAACGCCGUCGUUCCUCGCUCCCAAUGCCGCUGCUGCUUUCUCCUCUUCCUCCGCCUCCCCUCUUCCAUUUCUCCGAUUCUCCACCGGACAAAGGAGAGCCAUGUUCAUCCAAACGCAGUCGACUCCAAACCCCUUGUCUCUCAUGUUUCACCCUGGCAAGCCUGUUAUGGAAGUUGGAAGCGCCGACUUCCCCAACCCUCGUUCCGCCAUGAAUUCUCCCCUCGCUAAAUCACUCUUCGCCAUCGACGGGAUUACUCGUAUCUUCUUUGGAUCGGAUUUCGUCACGGUUACCAAAUCCGAAGAUGCUUCCUGGGAAUUCCUUAAGCCUGAAAUCUUCGCCGCUAUCAUGGACUUCUACUCUUCCGGCCAGCCCCUCUUUUUGGACUCUCAGACUUCUGCUGCCAUGGAUACUGCUAUCAAAGAUGAUGAUUCUGAAAUAGUUGCGAUGAUCAAGGAGUUGCUGGAAACCCGUAUUCGACCAGCUGUGCAAGAUGAUGGUGGGGACAUUGUAUAUAGAGGCUUUGACCCAGAUACCGGAAUAGUGAAACUUCAAAUGCAAGGAGCAUGUAGUGGCUGCCCGAGUUCAUCAGUUACUCUAAAAUCCGGCAUCGAAAAUAUGCUGAUGCAUUAUGUACCUGAGGUCAAAGGUGUGGAACAAGAAUUGGAUCCUGAGGGUGAGGAAGCAGCAUUAAGUGGACAAAUGGAGUAGUUAAUCAGUCUAACAACAGUACAUGAUGGAAACAAAAGGUGUGAGUGUAUAUGCAAACAAAUAUAUGAAAUAAGUUGUCAGUUUGAUACAUUGUAGUAUGGCAUGAAAUUUUGGUCUAGUUAGAUCUCACUGACAUGGUAUGAAGUAGUUUGUUACUCAAGGACGGCACGCUGUACUCUCAAUUUGUCCUACUUAGCUAUGGUUCUAGGUGCUCCGAAAAAGUACAAGCAUUGUUUGCCAAUUGUUUGUCUUCAGCGUUCAGACACACAUGUACUGAUUAUCCAUCACUCGGUAACUAGUGAUUCUCUCCUUUUUAGUGUUCAAUGGAGACCAGCAAAAAGGCAUUGAUCAUUGUUGUUUUAUUGCCAACUAUUUGUAUUCUAGGGUUGGUCCCCAUGUACUCUAUUGCUAGCUGCAUACAAUUUCUUUAUUAAUUUCAUAACAGCCAACAGGGGCCAGUCAUGUAAUAAGGUGUCCCUGACUCUGGUUUUUGCAUGAAAUCUUGACUAAUUGCAUCCAUAUUUUCUGUACCUCUUUUACAUGGCAUAUUUAGGUAUUUAAUGUUAUUUUACUGGAGAAUUUUUUUGCGUUG